AUGUUAUUGGCAGUGGCAUUUUUUUUGUUCCAUUUCGGUGGUCUUGUGGCAUCGAAAUGUCCUGCUUCAAAAAUUACUAAAGAAAUGCGAUCGUAUGUAUUAAAGGAACACAAUAAACUUAGUUCACAGUUAGCAAACGCUGAAGCAGAAGCAUCGAACGGGCUUAUGCCAAGUUCGAAUGUGCAUGAAUUGGAGUGGGACUGCGGCCUGGAAGAAAGAGCGCAACAAUGGGCUGAAUAUUGCGAUUUCGAGCAUUCAACGCAAGAAUUCCGUAAUUAUAGCGGUGAGAAUUUGUAUGCCAGAUGGGAAUAUGAAGAACCGAAAUUAGGUAGCUUAUGCUCUGAGUCGAGGAUCACUUUGACUAGUCGAGAAAAUAUUUUGAAAAACUUAAUGAUAUUCGGACGAAAAUUGCUAUGGGUCAGUUCUCAACAUCAGAUGGAACGUAUCCAGCAGCAAAGGUGA